AUGCCCCGCUGCCCAGCGCCCGCGCGCGCCCCGCUACCCAGCGCCCGCGCGCGCCCCGCUACCCAGCGCCCGCGCGUGCCCCACUGCCCAGCGGCCGUGUGCGCCCUGCUGCCCCCACCCGCGCGCGCCCUGUUGCCCAGCGCCCGCGCGCGUCCCGCUACCCAGCGCCCACCGCGCUCUGCUGCCCGCGCCCUUGCGCACCCCGCUGCCCAGAGCCAACGCGCGCCCCGCAGCUCAGCACCCGCGCGCACCCCGCUGCCCAGCGCCCGCGCGCGCCCCGCUGCCCUGCGUCCGCGCAUGCCCCACUACCCCCGUGCCGUGCACACCCUGCUGCCCUGCGCGCCCCGUGCGCGCCCUGCUGCCCGCGUGCCCCGCACGCCUUGCUGCCCUGCGCGCCUUGCCUACGCUGCAGCUGCUACUAAGCUGUUGCUGCCGCUCGCCAAGAGCAUGUUUUGCCCUGCCCAGCGCUAUCACGCUGCCUUGCCCUGUUGCCCCGCGCUUAGCGCAUGCCCCUGCUGCGCGCCGCUAGCACACGCUGCCUCGCGAGCGCCGCUGCCCUGCCGUGCUGCCCGCGAUCUGCCCAGCCGCGCUGCCCAGCCGCGCUGCCCGCAAGCUGCCCGCGCUGCUUGCGCCACUGCAGCCCGCUGCUGCGCUGCUGCACUGCUGCCGCCUGAGGUGCUGCCCUGCCUAGCCGCCACUCAGCAAUGCUGCCGCUGCUUGCACUACUGCAGCCCGCUGGUGCACUGCUGCCGCCUGAGCUGCUGUUCUACCUAG